AAUGACGUAUAGCAACAUAACCUUGAAAGAUCUAUGAGGUUAAGUCGAUCAGAUACCGAAUGCUUUGACGUUUCUGUGACGCGAUUCGGAUAUGGGUUUGUUUGGCAAAUCGCAAGAAAAAAAUCCCAAAGAAAUGGUUCAAGAAUGGACUCACAAAUUGAGGAAGGAAGGUUAUCAGCUUGAUAGACAGGUUAGAGCAAUUCAGAGAGAGGAAGAGAAAGUUAAACGUUCCCUGAAGGAAGCAGCAAAGAAAGGAGAUAAAGAUGUAUGCAAAAUCCUUGCAAAGGAAAUUAUAAGGGCUCGUAAAGCUUGCAAUAAGAUUUAUACCUCUAAAGCACAUUUAAAUUCUGUAUCAUUACAAAUGAAGAAUCAAUUAGCAACAAUCAGAGUUGCUGGUUCUGUUUCUAAAUCUACAGAAGUGAUGCAAGCAAUGCAAUCUUUGGUAAGAGUACCGGAAGUAGCUGCAACUAUGAGAGAAAUGUCAAAAGAGAUGAUGAAAGCAGGUAUUAUCGAGGAAAUGUUAGAUGAAACAAUGGAUUCUAUCGAGGAUUCUGAGGAUAUGGAGGAUGAAGCUGAUGAAGAAGUUGAUAAGAUUUUAUGGGAAGUGACAGCUGGUCAAUUGGGUACAGCUCCUGCAGUUGUCACAGAGAAUCCUGGAGUUCCCUCUACUUCUGCAGAAGAAGAAACAGAAGAUGAUGAUAAAGAACUUGAAGAGAUGAAGAACCGAUUACAAAGUCUUCGCAGUUAGAUGCAUGAUUAAAUAAUUGAAGAAUAUUUGUACCAUACAAAUAUCAGGGAAAUAAGUAUUUUACUAAUAAUACUUAUUAAAUAAAUAAUAAUGCAAAUUAUAAAUAGUAACAUUUGCCAAUUUACCAUAAUGUUAUUUUGCUAUUUAAUGUAAAUAUUGUAGUUAGUAUUGCUUUGCAGAACAAGCGUAUUAUAAGC